AUGUUCUCUGGGAAACCUCGACCGGUGCCUUCGAAGGCAGCCCUCCGUACUCUCUACCAACUCGCAUAUAUAUCCUCUGGAACGGCGGUAGGGAUUGCGACCCUGUGCGCAGAAGAGAAGAGGCGGCGUUCGCAGAUUCUGCAGAGGAUAGCGGAUAACGCGAAACGGAUAAGGGGGAGUCCUCGGUAUGUUGGGAAUGUUGCUUCUGCGGAUGAUGGACAACUACGGCGGCGAAGGAGGAAGAGUGUGAAGAGUGAGGAAUUGCCUUCGCUGGUUGAGGAGGGUUAUGUGCAGCUAUCACAGAAAGAAGAGAAGCGGAAGUGGAAGAAGAGGAGGAGGGAUCCGGAGGCGGUUGUCGUGGAUGAGGAGCAGGAUCAAGAGCGUAGGCUACGGCCAGAGAGCCGAGGACAGAAGCAGCUGUAUGGUCAGUGUGCUACUGCAGCACCCACAUUACAGAAGCCGGAGCAGAAAAUGCGCAUACAUAAAGUGACGUUGGGUCCCCCACGCGUCGGAUCGCUCUUACAGAACCAAGCUGUAGCAGACUCCUCGCCCGAUGUUCCCAAGCGCAGGCCACAAUUUGUGAUACCGGAAAUCGCAGCUGUCGCCGAGUCGCAAGAGAUGCGACACAACUUAGGAGAGGAUGUUACCUGCCAUUCACGCCUGGUACAUUCCGACGUAGACCAGUUCCUCCGGAUGAGUCCAUGGACCACCACUGGCGACCAGGCCGUGGAGCAGCAGAUUUGCAGUGCAUUACUCUCUCUUGCUGCAAAAAGAGGGAUGUGGGCGCAUGUCAAUUGGUUAUAUGGAUGGAAGCUUCGGACUAGGAGUUUGACGCAGAACGAUAUACGGAUCCUGUCAGAAUGCUGCCUUACUCUUCCUGAGAACGCCGACCACCAGGAGGUCUUCAUCCUUUUCUGCGACAUUCUUAAUUCUGAAAGCUUUUCGCGAUACGCGGCUCAGUUUCAGCUGUCUACCGCCAUGAGAGUCGCGACCGAGGUAAUCGAUUGGGAUCUGGAUUUGCCUCGAAUCUCCCGAGUUCAGAAAUUGAUGAGGACGGCGCGUAAAUCAAGCGACGAGCAGGAAAUGCAUGAAGCGCUUGCAAAACAUUGCCAGAGGCUUGUUGACCUUGGCGAGCCGGGACGUGCUUGGAAGCUGAUGUUUUAUCAAGGCAGGGAUUUUACAACACCACAAGAUCUGGAAGAGAAGAUUUUUCAAUCCGCACUCCAUCUUGGUGAUCUCUCUUGCUGUUGCAGAGUGCUGAAAGCCAAGCUGGAUAAGUCGAAACCUGCUGCAUUCCGUAGAGAUACCGCAUCUCGCAACGAAUAUUUACACCUUCUAGAGGAGUUUGUUCUUGCUUGCAACGAGAGAGGCGAGCAUACACAGAUUGAGAGGCUAAUGCCUGCCUCAGGCCUCGAUAGCGAUUGGAGGGGAAGGAGGAACAUGAAAAUACUUAGGGCACUAACGCCUGACCUCAGUGCGCCGGCAAAAGCUGCAUUGGCGAUAGCCAUAACACAGCAGGAUCGCUUAAUCAGUGAGUGGUUUGACGAACUUUAUUCGCAACUGCCACAAGACUUGAGGGCCCCCGUCGAAAGAGCUCGCACCGUCGGGAGAAUUGAGCGCACCUGGAUCUCUACGGGCGACUUCGAUGCCGUCUGUAGUGAGCACGAGUCGGGCGUGGAGUUCGCCGCUCGGGCUAGCAAUAGCGAGGCUCGACUUCAGAGCAAUCUGGCCAUGGCCAAGAUUUGCAACCGCGCGAAUAGAUCUGAGCGCGCGAUAGAAUUACUCUCACGCGCUGCUAAGGAACAUUUGGACUCCAGCGGGAGUGCGUCGGGCAUUGCAGUAGUGCUUGCUAGACAGGGCGCUUGGAAAGAACUCUUUCAUCUCCUCGGAAUACUCGAGAAGAGAACAGCUCUGGGUUUCAACAGGACUGCAAUGUCGGAUUUCAACGCCAUGAUAUACUUCUAUUCGCUGAAGCACACGGCUCCAGAGACCUGGAAGCUUGUUACCGAGCUCGCCAGGACAAUAGAUUUCCGGCCCAACCACGCCACAACUCAAAUCGUACUCGAGGCUUUCGUCUCCAAGGGAUCGAUGGACCUUAUCCCUCACUGGCUCUCUAGCAUGGAUCAGCUGGGCUGUCGUUUCGAAUUUAAGGCUCACAGUGCUGCACGUCUGCUGACUACAUUCUACCGCCAAUAUCGCCCUCCGCAUUCGUUGCUCAUGUGGUUUUGUCGCAGUUUGACGCGUCUCGUGCCGGCUUUUACAGCAGGUGAUUUCGCCGGGAUCUUGCAAGAGGCUGCAGGCUAUGACAUGCGACAUCAAAAGACCGGAUUGCAACAGAAAGCAAAGCAGAACCUGGGGAGACUUAGCAGGAUGACGACAAAUGUGCCGGCGCCGGUGCAAUGGAAAGGGUUGCAUGAGGCGCACGGCGGCAACUCCUUGGUUGCACCGACGACGGGGCAGCUGAAAGCUAAUAGCGUCACGAAUGCUACUGCCAGAGGUACGGAUCAAAAGGUGCUUCACACAUAUAAAGGCAAGGCGUACCAGCCCUUCGGAAGUCCAGUUGUGUCUGAGACUACUGAAUCUUUGGCGGACAGCACCGAGCCAUCUUUGCCCUCAAAAGACGAAAGGCUGUACACAGCAAGUAAGGACAGUGAGGAUGCCAACGUGGAAAGUGAUAAAGGCUGCCAAGUUCCGAGUGGUCAAUUGACGGCGGCAACAACAACAACAGACGGAUUAGAUGUGGCUAUUUCGUCAGAGUCACCACAGCUUACAGAAUCCUGCUGUGGUGACAGAUCCCCUGGAGUCGCUGCAACCUCGACCGCUUCGAAUGAUCAUGCAUAUGGCUAUGAUGAGAUGGGCCUCAUGUCGAACGAAAAUCAAGACGAACUUCAGUUUACACCUCCCUUAGAAAUGGAAGAUUUUUCGCCUUCACGAACCGCCGUUUACGACGAAGAGCUGCAAAACGACGGAAUCGGAGACGUCGACCUGGAGGACUCUAUCACCAGUUUUAAUACGGAGAUCGGAAAAAGGCAAUUCGUGCGCAGCAUGAUAACAAAGCUUUCUCUUCGACAGUAUCAAGAAGUGAUCACGAUGUACUCUCGAUCGUGCUCUUCCUCCGGACUUCCCGUGUCUCUGCACGCACUGCAGGUUGCUGUGGAAGCCAGUCUGCGGCUCAAUGCCAGUGACAGUAUCGACGCGCAGCGCAUAGUAAAGGGAGCACGAGCCUCCGGCAUGAACGUGGGGCCCGCUGUGGCCCCUAUUCUUCUGCAUCAAAUCUGGCGCUUGAACCCAGCUCAGAGGAGGGACGUCAAUGAAGUUCGGGUAAGGGUGAUUGAAUACUAUCGGUUUCAUGGAGCCAACAAUCUUCCGGUUAGCCACUACCUGGGUGUCACCGCUGCAGACGUACUCAUCAGGCAUCAGCGUGCCGAAUAUGCCGUCAACUUGCUGAACGCCAUUCUCCGCUCCGAUUGGGCAAAGCAACAGUCCCUCGAUAUUGUCGCCAUGACUGUGUGGGUCAAGGGACUGAGGUUUUUGGCACGCCCAGGCAGCCAUCUCGUGCGCGAGCUUGUAAGGAUUGGCCAUGUCGUUCUAGACAAGGAAUUGAAAAUCACUCGGAGAUUUAUUGUCGAGUUGAAAGGCGCCUGCAAAGCGUUUGGCAUGCCCGGUGUGAGGAGACCGCGGGAACCGCUGCGUCCACUCAACUCCUUGUCAUCUAACGCCCGGAUUCUAUGGGGGUUGUACAAUCGCUGCAUCGAAGAAUGGAACCGUCAGAGGAGAGAGGCGAAGCUGAAAGGCGCGAAGCUGGUCAAAAUGAUCGCUCAGAGCGUGAGGGAUGCCGAACUCCCAAUUAUCGAGUCCUCAAAGCGGGGGGGCAUCGAAGAGGAGAUCUUUGGGCCCCCGGGUUCUCCAUGGUCCAAUGACUCCACCCAAGAAAGCCAUGUUAGGGACGAGGUCUUUAUCAACCCAAACACUCGCACCAAAGUCGCGCAGAACACCCUCCGCUCAAGCGCUACCUCCACGGAAGCUGCAUCCCAGAACUUCCUCGACGCGUUGAAGAAAAAGCCCGAAAUUCUCUUUGAGCAACCAGCCUCUCCGAUCGGGAGAGGGACGUCACGCAAGAAGCCGAGACGACGAGUCAUCGAACCGAAACCCGUGCCAUUGACGCCGAGGGAGAAACGUUCGCAUUUGAGAUUUUCCGGGGAUCACUAUAGGAGGUUUUUGAGGCAUAGGAUUCGGAUGCCAGAUGGGACGAUUGCUCGCUUCCGAUAUGAAGUGGCGGACUGA